AUGAAAGAGGCGCUGGAGCUUGUUCGCCGACAGUUGGGCCGCUCGUAUCCCCUUAUCAUCGGCGGCGAACAAAUUGAAACCAGAGGGCGCGUGGAGCUUCGUAAUCCUGCGAACCGCGAUGAAGUUCUCGGCUCGGUAGCAAGUGGCGAACCCGCUCAUGCGGAACAGGCCAUCGCCGCCGCGCAAAAAGCGUUUUCCUCCUGGUCGCAGGUUCCCGCCGAAGUUCGCGCUCGCUAUCUUGUAAAGGUCGCCGCGCUGCUGCGCCGACGAAUUUACGAGUUUUCGGCGUGGAUGGUCGUCGAGGCCAGCAAAACGUGGCUGGAAGCGUAUGCGGACGCGGCAGAAGCGGUGGACUUUCUGGAAUUUUAUGCCCGUGAAGCCGUGAAGUUCGGCGCCCCGCAUCCGACCACACCCUAUCCCGGAGAAGAAAACGAGGUACGUUAUCUGCCGCUCGGCGUGGGCGCAAUUAUUUCGCCCUGGAAUUUUCCGCUGGCGAUUAUGGCGGGUAUGACGGUGGCAGCGGUCGUUACGGGCAACACGGUCGUGGUCAAACCGGCGGAACAGACGCCGAUUAUUGCGGCCAAAUUCUUUGAAUUACUGGAAGAAGCGAGCCUGCCGCCCGGAGUCGCAAACCUGAUUUUCGGCGAUGGCGAAACGCUCUGCCGUCCGGUUCAUCUCGUUUACGGGCAGCCGGGAUGUGGGGCUGCAUAUCUAUCGCAAAGCGGCGCAGACCCCGCCCGGUCAAAAAUGGCUAAAAAAGUCGUUCUGGAAAUGGGCGGCAAGGAUGCGAUACUCGUGGAUGCGGGCGUAGACCCGGAUGUUGCGGCGGAAGGAAUUGUCGCCGCGGCGUUUGGGUUUCAGGGGCAAAAAUGCUCCGCUUGUUCCCGUUUGAUUGUGCAUCAGGACAAUUAUGACGCGGUGCUGGAAAAAGUGGUUUCCCGCGCUUCGCAAUUGACGCUUGGCGAUCCCGCCGAUAAUGCCAACGCGCUCGGCGCUGUAAUUGACGCGGACGCUUACCGCAAAAUUCAUUCUUAUAUCGAAAUCGGGCGUGGUGAGGGGCGCGUCGUUCUUGGCGGCGAACAAAGGCCGGAAAACAGCCCGAACGGUUAUUUCAUUCGGCCUGUGGUUGUCGCGGACGUGGAAUCGAAAGCCCGCAUCGCGCAGGAAGAGAUUUUCGGCCCCGUCCUCGCCAUGAUUAAGGCCCGCGAUUUUGACCACGCCCUUGCCAUCGCUAACGACACCGAUUACGCGCUGACAGGCAGCUGCUAUUCCAACAAUCGCGCGCAUCUGGAACGCGCCCGCCACGAAUUCCAUGUCGGCAAUCUGUACCUGAAUCGCAAAUGCACCGGAGCUCUGGUAGACGUGCAGCCGUUCGGCGGCUUCAAUCUCAGUGGGACGGACAGCAAGGCGGGCGGGCGCGAUUAUCUACUGCAUUUCCUGCAGGCGAAGUCCAUUACGGAACGCUGGUAA